CUGGCAUUAGAAUUAACCCUCAAAUCAAAGGAAGUGGCCAACAUUAACUCAAAUAUAGCACUAGUGCAUUUUAAUUUUGCUCUCUGUCUGCGCUAAUGUUAGCUUAGCUUAGCUUACCAAGAUGACGAUCCCUCUUCAGCAUAAUCACACUCAGUCACAAGGUGCUUCCUCUUCAGGUGUUCAUGAAUUGCCGUAGCGCUGCCAUGGAACACAAAUUCUGCAAUGUAUAUUGCAUUGUACACUUUUGUCUUUUAUUUAUUUACUUUUUUUAUUAUUUUCUAGCUCAGUUGGCAUGUUUGUCAGGAUCUGUGGGUUUUUUUUCCCUCUGGGCUUCCUAUUCCUGCUCCCUCCUGUUUCCUGAUUCCACACAGCUGAGCUCUGGACUACUUCAGUUUCUCUCCUCCUCAUCCUCCUUGCCAGUUCGUUGUGCUUUCUGCCAAGGUUCAGGUCUCCUCAAGCUCUCUCAAGUCUGCUUCUUCUGUCCUGCUGGUUUUGACCCUUUUUCUGGCCCUGGAUUUUGGAUUUGAGUCUGAUCCCCUGGUGUGCUGCAUUUCUGGGUUGGACCCCACGUGUAUGACCCUGGCCUGGAUUUCACAAGAUUCUUCACUGCCCUCCAUCUCCAUAUUGACACCACCAGUCUACUCUCCUGGAGACUCCCCUGUGCAUCUGGCAGCAACGAAGUUCCCACACCACCUUGAGCAUAAUAAACCCCAGUCUCUGAUUCAUACCGAAGAGAGACGGAUCCUCACAACACAAAGGAAGAGGAGCUGGAUCCGACUACACGGGACACCGCUCAAAUUUGAUGAAAAAGCAAAUCCAAUGAGUCACAGGAGACUGAUUGUUCUACUCUUUGCUGGACUCAUUCUCAUUGUGGCAGGUGAAACAACAUCCUGUCCCAUUGAAUUGAGUCCCUCGAUGGUUGUGGCGAAAUAUGGAGACCGAGUUUCAGUCAACUGCUCUACAUCGCUGAGUAACUUUACAGGAAUGGGCUGGGAGUCUUCAGCUAAUGGAACAGGACUUAAAGAUGUCUCUCAUUUGACAUGGACGGUAGACAGCCUCACAGAAUGGGGUAUCGAGCCCAUGUGCUAUGUGGUAGAUCAAGAUGAAAAAUACUGUACUGAAAAACUACAAGUUGUUCUUUACUCCUUCCCAGAAGACAUCAGCAUCAGCUCCAGCAGCCUGAAUGGUGUGAUGACAGAAGGGGAGACACAUAACUUCACAUGUGAUAUCCCCAACAUUGCUCCAGUUUGGAAUCUGACUGUUAGGUGGUACAAAGACAGCGAACUCCUCCGUGAAAGCACGCUAAACAGCCCCAGCAAGAAACCCACGAGUCAGUCAUUGUUUUAUAGAUUUUCCCCAAGAAGACAAGACAACAGAGCUGCAUUCAGAUGUGAGGCGUUCAUGGACUUAGGUCCAUAUGGGCCACAGUUAAAUCUAUCUUCAAAAGAUUAUAGCAUCGAAGUUUUAUUUGGACCGGAUAUUAAUUGUUCAGGUCUGACCGUGCAUGAAGGGGAAAGUUUAGAAGGGAAAUGCCUUGUGGCUGGAAACCCCAUGCCAGAAGUUGAGUGGCUGAAAAAUGGACUUCCUAUAAACUUGAGCAUCCCUCUAAGAAGAAAUGAUACCGGAAUAUACACAGUUCAAGCUGAAGGACGGUUUGAAGUCAAUGAGACCUUCUGGAUUUCAGUGUUUUACGGUCCAGAGAAGACCUGUCAGAGCACAUUGACUAUUCCAGAGCACACUCCUCGCUUCUCAUGCAGUGAAGGCUCUCCCCAGCCUUCGGAGAUCUGGUACAAAGAUGAUGAGGAGGUGAAGAUACCAGAAACCCUUACGAGGAGAGAUGCAGGCCAAUACAUCAUCAGAUCGUUCAACAGUCUGUCAAGCAUCAACUUCACAGUGAAUGUUAUUAUUUUGUACCCACCAACUGAUAUUGUCGAGCUUGAAAAUGCUGAAGUCCGACUUGGAGGCACUUUGGACCUGAAGUGCUCUUCAAUGGGUGGCCCGCGACCAGAUUACUCCUGGAUUUAUUACCAAAUGGCCAAUGUGAUGGAGAAAACAGAAGAUGGAGUUUCUCAUUUGAUAAUCAAGAACGCUACUGGGCUAAACAUGGGCUCUUACACGUGCCAUGCUGGGAACCAAGAAGGAAAUGUCUCCAAAACUGUCAGGGUCAUUGUGAAAGGUGCAAAGCAAGAAUGUCCAAUUCAAAUAACUCCAGACACCAUGGUGUUGCAAUACCAAAGCAGGGCGCAGCGUGCCACAUGCAUGCCAACUGAAUCCUCAAAUGUGAAGACAAUAUACUGGAAAGCCAAUCACAGAUGGACAUACGACACAGAGUGGACUCCAGACACAAAUGAGGACUGGGACCCCAAGCCUGUUUGUCAUGGGAUCUUUAAUGGAAUUGGGGGGUGUCACAAACCUUUGCACUACACACUGUACAAAACACCAGAUUUUGUUGCGAUCAGCUCUGUGGAGGAUCCAGGUUCUGCAUAUGAGGGCAUGGUGCUGCAGCUGCAGUGUGACGUCGUCAAUGUGGCUCCAGCUCAAGACAUCACAAUACGGUGGACAUCGUUCAGAGACAAUAAAACAAUUGACUUGAUGGAGGGAAACGACACAAUAUGCGACAAAAGUGAGGUGAGAUCUCCCGUAAGUGUGUCGUGCACCACAAACAUCACUCUGAAGAGGACUCACAAUGGCGUCAACAUCCGAUGUGAGGCUCAGCUGAACCUACCACUUGCUGGAGGACACCACCCACCCAGCAUGUUCUCCGACUCCUUAAACAUCUCCGUCUGCUAUAAACCUGAGAUAAAUACCACCAAGCUCGCAGGCACGGUCCCACUCUUCACAGGUUAUGAUGAAGACCUUGUUUGUGAGGCGGACGGUGGCCAACCUUUAAAUAUUAGCUGGAGCUACAUGUCAGCCAGCGGACCCAAAAACUCGUUCAACAAAACUCUGCGUGUGUCUGCAGCAGGUUACUACAACUGCACUGUUAGUAAUCCAUGCGGUUCAACCACGCACAUGGUCAAGGUCAUCUUUAAAGAGGACUACCUUCCUCUCAUCGCUGGAUUUGUGGCGCUCACAGUGAUAAUCAUCUCCAUCAUUUUCAUCUUCAUUUACUCCAUCUACUACAAGAACACCAAGAUGCGCCGCUACAGCCUUAAAAACCCCAAACUCAGCACCCACAAUGGGAAUGUGGCUCACAAUGGCUGGGACACGCAGUUCCCCAUGACCAAACUGUCCUAACGGCGACGAGGAACUGCGCUGAACUGUUUGCCAUCAGAACUGAGAAGCCUUUCACCACACGCACAGAGGGCUCCCACUGAAUGAUCCCAUACAACUCCAAUCAUGUUAUCACCUAUAUUUUAAAUAUUAUUCAUAUGGUUACACAUGACUCAGGAUGUAAACUUUAGUUCUCACUGGAUUUAAGCUUUGUGCACUGGAAGAAAGAAGGACUACAAAUGUGGCUGUUUUUAUACAAUCAAUGGCCGCGAAGGGAAUUGAAUAGAUUAUUUGUCACUUUUUUGUUUCUUCAAAGUGUUUUUAUGUUGAAGUUUUCCAAACUGCUCACAGUUUAUAUUGUUUAAUAUAUAUAAUGCAAACCUUUAUCACUUUUAUUUGUUAAAAUAUGGAAAUUGAAGCACUGUUGCUGACGCGCUGCAUUGAAGGAGCUCAUUGUAUGAAGUUGCCUCAUUCUCUCUGUGCCAUCCCCCCUUUGAGCCUUGUGCCACACUCCCGGCUUUUGUGAAAGAUUUCCCUUUUUUUGUAAGUGACUGCAGGCAUUGUAGCUUCGAGUGUAUGAGAAAAUGUGUGUAUGCAAAUUAGACUUUAUACUGAAUACUUUAUAUUUAUUUGUAAGAAACGGCAAUAAUUGAAGCUGUAUUUUUUUGGCUGCACACAGGUGUGUAAACCUUACCGAAUAUUGUAAGAAUUUGUAAAUACUGCUGUAAAAAUGAGACUUUGUUCAACAGUAUUUUGGUAUUUAAACAUUUUAAAUCUCAAGUGUUCUUUAUUGUGUCAGAAAACGUCAACACAACUUUUAAAAUUUGUGAAUGGCUGAA